AUGGCUACUUUCGAAAUAAGUUCCUCAUAUGAAUUUCAAAUGAGAAUUGGUGGCUUGUAUCUCCUAUAUUCAUUAUACGCAACGCAACUUUGUGUCCCCAAAGUCAAGAUUCGCCUAACUGAAGCAAUGUAUCGCGAGUUGAAUGUAUUUCAGGAAACAAUUCGGAAACAUAAUUUAUGCCUUAAUUCGAAUCAGAUUAUUUCUCCGAGUGCGGAGAAUGAAUCAGAAGUCAUAUUAACCAGGAAUGCCGUCUCAAACGCUAUAGACAUUGAAUCGUUGCAGAAUCUUAGUGAAAUUCAUGAACAGUAUGACGACCUUAAAAAGCAGAUUGCUGCAAAUGCAACAGGACAACUUCAACAAGUUGUCAACGUAGAGGAUUGGCGAGAAUCUCUUGGUAGAAUUUCAGGAGAAUUAAUCCAGGAACUCAUAGACUCUGUUCGUAAUUAUGAGAAACAGAAAAAAAUUCGUAGCGAAAAGUCACUUCUUGGAAGUACGCAUGCUGUGGAUAAUACAUAUAUAAACGAGGAAUCUACAAAUCACUUCAAUCGUCGAACCGAAAUUGUAUCAGCCGCUUAUUCUACCAUUAAAAAGCCAAAUAGGAAUUCAAGGAGAUCAAUGAAGGAAGGCAAGGAUCAUGAGGAAGAUAAUGCUGAUAGGAGUGAGAUAACCCGACAAGGAAAGAGAAAGUACAGGUCAACAAAAUCGGCAAGAAAGUAA